AUGGAAGCGGGCGCAUCUACCCAGAUGACAGACUGGAGUCCCACAAACCACCAAUUACUGAUCAUGAUCACGCUAUCGAUCAUUUCGCUGAUGGUUGCUCUCGAUGCCUGUAUCAUCGUGACUUCUUUGAGUGCCAUCGUGAUCGAUAUGAACGGAAACACAACGCAAGGGUUCUGGGUGGGGACUUCCUACCUCCUUGCGAACGCCGUUAUGAUGCCCUUCAUUGCAGCCAUCAGCGAUAUUUUUGGCCGUCCCAUCUGCCUCAUCGCAUCUUUGAUCUGCUUUACGAUUGGCACAUUGCUGUGCUGUCUUGCGCAUAGCAUCGGAAUUCUCUUGGCUGGAAGAUCUCUCCAGGGUGUAGGAGGUGGUGGCAUCAUUGUCCUGAGUCUGGUCAUUUUCACGGAUAUCGUUCCGUUGAGAGUCCGACCAAAAUGGUAUGGAACAGUUCUCGGAGCGUGGGCCUUGGGAAACUGUCUCGGACCCAUUCUGGGCGGAGUGAUUGUCGAGCAUACCACGUGGAGAUGGAUCUUUUAUAUUAUGUUCCCGUUUUGUGCAUUCGGGCUUAUCAGCAUCCCAUGCCUCUUGACACUUCAACCUCGCACUGCGACCCUGGGUGAGAAGUUAGCUCGGGUUGAUUGGCUCGGUGGUCUCCUCUUUAUCUCAUCAGCAACCUCCUUUCUCAUCGCCAUCUCAUGGGGCGGAAGUCAAUUCGAUUGGAACAGCGCCGCAACUCUAGUGCCCCUGUGUCUUGGUGUGGCCGGCUUGGCAGCAGCGUUUGUGUACGAGGCUUGUGUCGCAAAGCAGCCGUUCCUUCGCCGUAGUCUCUUCUGGAGACUCAGCUCAACCGCCACGUACUUCUGCGGUUCCAUGCAGGGCCUAGUUAUUUAUGGCCAGCUCUACUAUGGGCCUUUCUAUUUCCUCUCGGUCAAAGGAUUCAGGCCAGUUCACACUGGAAUUGCCCUUUUCCCGGUGAUGUUCACCUUGGUACCUGGGUCUAUCGUGACUGGCGCCAUUGUGACGAGGUGCAACAACUACCGUUGGGCAAUCUGGAUCGGCUGGACUUUGACGGCAAUCGCCUCUGGUUUGAUGAUUCUCUGGGACGUGGAUACGCCCACCGCCCAAUGGGCCAUCACCAUGAUCAUUCUUGGUUUCGGCCACGGCGCAAUUUUGAAUGCUCAAAACUUCGCCGCGCAGGCUAUGUGUCGGCCGGGGGAGGAGGGAUCGGCGGCAGCGAUGUACGGCUUCGUACGACAGUUCGGCACGGCCCUUGGUGUUGGCAUCGGUGGAUCUACUUUCCAGAACGUCAUGGCAACGAAACUCAGCUCGGAAGGUCUGCCAAAAAGCAUUGCACACAACUCGGAGGCUUUUGUUCCGAUCUUAGUGACCUUGUCAGAUGAUAGUACUGAGAAGAAGGCCAUCCUCGAUGCCUACGUCAGUGGUUUCCGAGGCGUAUAUGGCGUCUACGUAGCUAUUGCAGGCAUUGCGUUCUUCAUCAGUUUAUUCAUUAAGCAUCACGACAUGAACAAGGUCAUUGAUACGGAGCAUAAGUUGCAAGAGACCCGGGUGUCGCGGCUGUUCGACGGCAGAUCGUCCGGAACGCCGCCGAGCCCGGAGCGCCUCAGCGAUUCGAACAUGGCGGAGAGACGAAGCUGUGGUCCGUGA